AUGGCAACCGAUUGCAAACCCUUCUGCGAGAGGUACGUAUCGCAUAUGACCUCGCAGUCCACGCCGCACUCAAGGGCCGAGGGCCAAGGCUUACUCGCGUACAGCAGAUAUCUCACCAUCGACUGCACUAUCCAUCGCACACACGGUCCUCCUCUGGACAGCUGGAAUCGAAGCACAACCGAGAAAUGGGAAGACGAGCAUUUCAAAUGCAUAUACGCACACAUCGCCGAGGCUGGAGGAAACGAAACGAGAGGGGGCGAUGAAGAGAAGACAGACACGCGGCCGACACUCAAUCUGAAAAGGGGUGCCAUCCCGUUGCUGCUCCUGGCCAUAUUUGUGUUCGUCGGCAUCUGUCAUAUCAUGUGUCGGUGA